GCGCUCUCCCUCCUCUCUUUCCCGCGCUCCAUGCAAACGAAGGGGGCGUGGCCUGCCCCCCGCCGGGAAUGGAAGGGGCGCGGCUGCUCACCUGGCCGCGCACCUGCGUGACGUCAUCGGGCGGCGCCUCGUCGCGGAGCAGUGACGUCAUCUGGGCCAUGGCGGCGGGGCCGGUGCUGGCGCUGCUGCUUCUGCUGCCCGCGGGAGGCGGGGGGGUGCCGGGCGGGCCCGGGAGCGACGCCCCCAGCAAACCACCACCGCCGGACGUCGCCACACCGUGGGACUCUGCCUACCAAGAUCACUGCGUUGCCCCCCCCCUGACCGGCCCGUGCCGCGCCGCUUUCCAGCGCUGGUUUCACAGCCCCGAAUAUCGCGAUUGUCGCCCCUUCGUCUACGGCGGCUGCCGGGGGAAUCGCAACAACUACGGCAGCAAGGAGGAGUGUCUGCUGCGCUGCCGGAGCGGUACGGGGGGGGCAGCGUGGGGACGGGGGGGGGGACAACUUGGGGAC